CUCGGCCUUGUGAGAGGAAGCAGAUCACUCUUCCAGGGAGCUUAGUAUAUUGACUAACCACUGGGUAUUACCUAGCUGCAGGAUGUUCAGCCUUGCUUACUCCGCAUACUUAAUCGGUCCGUACAUGAAAGGUGGGCCUAUUUAUCAACAUGAACCAAUAUUAAAUCACAAAUCGAGUCCGUUUGAAGCACCUGUCCCCAAAUUUGCUUCUUAUCCACUUGUGCACCCUCUGGCCAUGCGCCCUGCUCCCGCUUAAUUACCCCUGAGUACUGAGCAGUAGUACUAGAUACCUACCCGCCAUUUUCUCCGACGGGCACGGACCCAACCAAGCAAAGAG